GCUGCACUCUUCUGCAGACACUCAGAGUGUGUUCAGCAGUGAGAGAGAGCAGCAGAGAGACAUUCGCUUUGACUGAAGCACCAACACUUUUCUUUGUGUGUGUGAGAAGUUUUAAGAAGGAUGAUGGACGACUAUGACCUUUCCUUCUGGAUCUACCUGGCUGUGGUGACCGCGUUAGUGGGCGGGGGCAUCAAGAAGAUCCUGGCAUCCCACCUGAGCACUGGCCCCACUCUGGUGGCCUGGCUGGGGGCCACGGUGCUGGUGGAGCGACUGUGGGCGUUCUGUCUGCCGGCCAUGCUGCUGUUGGUGCUGCUCGCUCUUAUCUGUUACAUCUACUUGAGGUCCAGGGCCGGCCCACCACCCACCCUUCCUAUGCAGGGCAAAGCUGUCUUCAUUACAGGCUGCGACACCGGCUUUGGGAAUGCUGCGGCAAAGCGCCUGGACUCUUUGGGUAUUGAUGUUUUUGCCACCGUUUUGGAUCUGACAGGAGAAGGAGCCAGAGAGCUGCAGAAAAGCUGCUCAUCCCGCCUCACUCUCCUGCAGGUGGACAUCACGAAGCCGCAGCAGGUGCAGCAGGCGCUGCUGGACACCAAGGCCAAGCUGGGUCUCAGAGGUCUGUGGGGUUUGGUCAACAAUGCUGGAGUGUGUGUGAAUUUAGGAGACGCAGAGCUGUCACUGAUGUCCAACUUCAGAGGCUGCAUGGAGGUGAACUUCUUUGGUACGGUGAGCAUCACCCAGAGCUUCCUGCCGCUGCUGCGACAGAGCAAAGGACGCAUCGUCAACAUCUCCAGCCCGGCCGGUGACCAGCCGUUUCCAUGCCUGGCAGCGUACGGUUCAUCCAAAGCGGCUUUGAAUCUCUUCACUGAGAGCCUGAGGCACGAGCUGCAACCCUGGGGGGUCAAAGUGAGCAUCAUCCUGCCGUCCUCAUAUAGGACAGCUCCCUCCAGCAACAACAACUAUUGGGAGCAGAAGCACAAGCAGCUCCUGGAGAGUAUGUCUCCAGCGCUGGUUGAGGAGUACGGCGAGGACUACAUGAAUGAGACCAUAAACCUGUUCCGGAGUUUUGGUAAGAAUGCCAAUCCAGACUUCAGCCCAGUCCUUGACGCCAUCGUCCAGGCCCUGUUUUCACCGGAGCCGCAGGCGCGCUACUAUGCCGGCCCCGGCCUCUUCCUCAUGUACUUCGUCAAUAACUACUGCCCACUCAGCAUCAGGAACCGCUUCCUCCAGAAGAUAUUCCUGAAGAAGACGCUGAUGCCGCGUGCACUGAGGGAGCAGUCGGGUCAGGAGGUGAACCGUGACCUCCAUAACAACAACAACGAGGAGAAGCUGCAGCAGCUGUAAACCUGCUAGUACAGGACCACUCCAGGAACACACUCAUAGAGCCAGCCCAUUUCUGUUUGUUCUGUAUCUGUUUGACUCCACCCACACAAGAGGAAUACUUACCUGGAGGUCAGGGGGCGGGGCCUGUUAGAGGGAAAACAGCAUCUGGGCCCGUUUUCACAAAGAACCCUAUGACUAAAAGUAGCUCCUAGUGACGUAUUUCUAAGAAAAAUCGGAGAAUUUCUCCAAUUCUCCGAUUUUUCUUAUAAUUUUCCCUCAGUAAGAUAAAAGUUAUUCACGAAGCAUCUGAGGCCUUCAGAGAGCUCCUAACGUGAGAUAUCAAGAGUUGUGAGGAGGACUUUUAGUCAGCCUAAGAGUGUCUGAAGCAGAGAAGAUGGAGAAAAGACAGAGAGAAAGGAGAGAUAUUCUCCUCCAAUGAACAACAGUGAAUAAAUAAAACGCCACCGGCUCCAUGGUGCAGGGAUCCACAUCUACAUACAUACACACUCUAGACAAGAUACAGUACAAUAAUCUAAGCACUAUUUAAAUAGCAGGAAGAUGUAAAUGAGGUGAAUCAGUAUUUGCUGUAUUGUUCACGAUGAUGUCAGCAGCCUCAGCC